UCUUUUUCGAAUCGGUUUUGAGGGGUAGAUUCGAGUUACAAAAUGGCGGCUUGGAGCGUGUUUGCUGCUGAUUCCCCAGCGGUCUCAGUCUGAGUGGUCGUCUUUCCCGCCCAGUGGUGACCACACAAGACAAGCGGCCUACGGGGGACAUGGUGUUUGAGACUCCGGGCUUGCUGACCACGAAAUCAUUUGAAGCUGCCAGCGCACCGGAAACCACCCGCCGCCGCUUCGGACGCAUCCGCACCCACGGCCCAGCGAGAGCCGCAGCGGCCGCCGGAUAGGUUCAAAAAAAUGGCCAAAAGAAUUGCCGAAAAGGAACUGACAGAUAGGAAUUGGGAUCAAGAAGAUGAAGCUGAAGAGCUGGGGACGUUCUCAGUGGCCAGCGAGGAAGUUCUGAAGAACAGAGCCAUAAAGAAAGCCAAGCGUAGAAAUGUUGGAUUUGAAUCUGACAGUGGAGGUGCCUUUAAAGGAUUUAAAGGUCUGGUCACACCUUCCGGAGGAGCAGGAUUUUCUGGAUUUGGCAGUGUGCCUGGAGGGAAGCCUCUGGAAGGACUGUCUAAUGGCAUCAGCACAGCGAGCUCCCCUGCCUUUGCCAGUGCCAGGGUGGCAGCAGAGCCCAAGCCGACCUUUGGUUCUUUGACUGCAAAUGGCCCUUCUGCCUUGGUUGAUAAAAAGAUUCCAAAUCCCAGAACUAAUGGUGAUGACCAGCAGCCCUCCUCCUCCGGCCUCGCUUCCAGCCAGGCCUGCCUUGGGGACGCUUACUACAAACAGCUGGCCGCCUUGAACUGCUCCGUGCGGGACUGGAUAGUGCAGCACGUGGAUGCGAACCCCAUCUGUGAUCUCACCCCUGUCUUUAAAGACUACGAGAAAUACUUAGGGACUCUUGGGCAGCAGAAUAAGAACUGUAAUAGCAGCAGUUCUGAGAGUGAAACCAGCAGGAUGAUAGUUGAAACACAGCCUCCUUCCCUGUUUGGUUCAACAAAAGCACAGCAAGAGUCAACUUUUUUGUUUAAUAGCAACAAAACCGAGGACACUUCUGAAAAGAAGACAGAGGCUGUAUCUGAAAAGAAGCUGGACCCGGCACAAGGAGUAUCGAGUGCCUCAUUUAAUUUCGGCAAGAAAAUCGAUGGCUCGGUUUUGGGUUCCACGAGCUCUGGUCCCCUGACUGCAUUUUCAUUUUCCCCUGGAAACUCCAAUUUAUUCGGCAGAGAUGUCACCCAGAGUAAACCAGCUUCUUCACCAUUUCCUGCUAAAACAUUGGAGAGCCAAGCAGAAGGUGGCAGUAAUGAAUGCAAAGGUGGAGAUGAAGAAGAAAGUGAUGAGCCGCCCAAGGUAGUGGUUACGGAAGUGAAGGAGGAAGAUGCCUUCUACUCCAAAAAGUGUAAACUAUUUUACAAGAAAGAUAAUGAAUUUAAAGAGAAGGGUGUGGGCACCCUGCAUUUAAAACCUACGGCAAAUCAGAAGACACAGCUCUUAGUGCGGGCCGAUACCAACUUAGGCAACAUCCUGCUGAACGUCCUCGUCACACCCAGCAUGCCGUGCACGCGGACAGGGAAGAACAACGUCCUGAUCGUGUGUGUCCCUAACCCCCCGCUGGACGAGAAGAACGCCAGUGCCCCUGCCACCAUGUUGAUCCGGGUGAAAACCAGCGAGGACGCGGAUGAGCUGCACAAAAUUUUACUGGAGAAAAAAGAAGCCUGAACACAGUCAACCAAGGAAUUGUCGCCAAGUUGCUGCUUCCCCCACCGCCCCUUAAAAUGUUUUCUCCUCUUCUUUGACCUUCUAAGGACUUCUAGGUAACUUGAAACUUUCGUGAGGAAGAUCAGGCCAAUAAAGCCUUUCCCUGUUAAGUGUCAAAAGACUGUAUUCUCCCUCUUUCGGAACUGUCUAAAGUGCAAAAUACAUUUGAAUGAAAGAUUUUGGAAGAUUUUUUAAUGUUCAUUUGUUUAUUAAACUAACCCUAAGUGAUUUCUUAACGGACUGCAGUCAGGGUAUCCGAGAGCUCUCCGAAGGCUGCGGCCCCGUGCGAGGCCUUCCCACCAUGGUGUCCGGUGGUGGCCAGGAAGAAACUGCCUGUGUGGUUCUGCUCUGCCGUGGGCUUCCCUGAUCUCUGUGACCAGCACUCUCACCAAAUGAACUGUGCCGCCGCGCUGUGACAGACCUUUCGUCCUUGCGUUACUUUGUUGUUUCGUUCUGGAGCUCAGAGGUGGGCACUGGUGUGCGCCUACAGUGUGCGCUGUUAGCUUCUCCCUUGCAGACAUUGGCCUUUAACCCUGUGAGCUGCUUUACUGUCGUUCAGGAACCGCCUUCUCAUUUUAGAAGUGCAUCGCUUGUGAAGGACUUAUGGGUUUUGUAGUUUCUAUUCCUGAGGUGCUGUUCUUUACCCCCUGGAGAAGGGUUUGCCAGGAAUGGGUUUAAAAGCACAAAUUUUGAUCAUUUCUAGACCGUGGACCGUAAACUUACGGAGAAAGAAAAGAGAGUGAAACCAUACUUAAAAGGAAUCUGCUGGUGUCAUUUGUACCAGGUGGACCUUACGAACGUAAGAGCUGCACAGGAGCUUGAUCACAGCUGGGGGAGUUCACGGCUCCGUGCAGCAAGUAGUAGGGAGAAGAUCGUGUGGGAGUUUUGCCUUUAACUUCAGACUGCAGGGUAUUCUCCACUUGCUGUCUAAAAUGCCCACUUUUCAAACAGUAAGGUGUUGAGUGUAUCCAUCUAAAGGGAGCCAUGGUUAUGCAGAACGUCCAUGUCACUUGCCCAGAGCUGUCAGGUGACUGACCCUGGC